AUGUCUUCGUUUUUCACAGUUCCCGCGGCGCAGAAGAAGCGCAAGAGACCCUCAAGCUCAGAAGCCCCGAAGAAAAGAGUCGCAGGGUCUGGUGCGAGGAAAGAGACUUCUGCCCCAAAACAGAGGAAACAGCAGCGAGAUGAGUCGAUAUCGGGCAGCGACUCGGAAAGCGACGACGGGCCUAGAGACAAUGGCGUCGACUUAGAUGAGGUGUCGAGCGACUCCGGGUCUGGAGGCGAGGAAGAGACAGCGGCCGAGAGGAGAUUACGACUUGCAGAACGAUACCUAGAGAACAUCAGAGAGGAGGUGGAUGAAGUUGGCUUCGACGCAGAAGAGAUUGACCGGGACCUGAUCGCAGAGAGGUUACAAGAAGACGUCGCCGAGACCAAAGGCAGGAUAUACCGCAGCCUGGCGAAGCAAUUAUCAUUCUCUGCCGCAUCCCACACCCUCUUCCGCAGCAACACCGAGACCGUAACCUCGAUAGCCACCUGUCAUCCCUACGCCUACACGGUAUCCAAAGACAUCUCCCUCAUCAAGUGGAAGCUCCAAGACCUCCCCGACAACCAAUGGCUCCCCAAAGACGGCAAGAAGAAAUCAAAGAAGCCCCCACCACCCCCCAAACGAAGGCCCGAGCGCAUCGCAAUCGCAAAGGGAAACAAGAACGAGGCCAAGAACAACGCCUAUAAGGGCCACGUCGCCGCCAUCCUAUGCGUCGCCGCUUCCCAGGACGGCAAGUUUGUCGCUACGGGUGGUCGCGAUAGGCGCAUCGUGAUUUGGGACGCUGCGACCCUCGAGCCUCUACGUGUGUUUUCCCAGCACCGUGAUUCCGUCACGGGACUCACGUUCCGUCGCGGCACGAACCAGCUGUACUCUGCUUCUAGCGAUCGGACGAUCAAGAUCUGGUCUCUGGACGAGCUGGCCUACAUCGAGACGCUGUUCGGUCACCAGGACGAGGUCGUCGAUGUUGCCUCCCUAGCGCAAGAGCGGUGCAUCAGCGUCGGUGCGCGAGACCGCACAGCGAGGCUGUGGAAGGUGGUUGAAGAGACCCAGCUCGUUUUCCGCGGCGGCGGUGGCGGAGACGGGAAGAGAGCCCGUGGUUCCUCUACGCCCAAGGCAAUGGAGGGGAGCAUGGACCGCAUUGCGAUGAUUGACGAGGAGAUGUUUGUCACUGGCUCGGAUAACGGUUCGAUCUCGCUAUGGGUCAUCCACAAGAAGAAGCCCAUCCACACCGUCUCCCUUGCCCACGGCUUCGACCCGGCGUUGGCGCUGGAUGAGACGUCUGCGGAGGUUAACCCUGAUCCGUCGAAGGCGCCGCAGCCGCAGCCGAGAUGGAUUACGGCGCUUGCGACGAUUCCGUAUUCGGAUGUGAUUUUGUCGGGGAGUUGGGAUGGGCAGUUGAGGGCGUGGAAGGUUAGUGAUGAUAGGAAGAGGAUUGAGGCUUUGGGGGUGGUAGGGGCUGCGGGUUUGCCGCACGGUGCGGUUAAGGCUCCUCUUGCUGCUACUACGGAGGAUGUUUCGAUGGAGGAUUCGUCUGCUGAGGCUGAAGCGGUGGAGCAGACUGCUGUUACUAUUUCAUACCAGAAGAAGAACCCGGAGCCAGUGGUUAGCGGCGUCAUCAAUGACAUCUCCGUCUUUGAGCGCGGGGAUAGAGGGAAGGAUGGGGCGUGCAUUGUUGUGGCGAUCGGGAAAGAGCACAGGAUGGGGAGGUGGGCAAAGGUGGCCGGGAAAAACGGGGCUAUGGUGUUUGAGGUAGCUAGGGAAUCCUAG